AUGAUGGCCGUUGAUUAGUUUGGGCCGGCGCCACCGAAGACAGCAUAAAGCAUAGCAUACAAAUCGGGCACGAACAUUGACAUUAUCCGCCCCACCAAUCCACAGCAACGCCAAAUCAAAUCAUUUGUUUUCGGUUGUGUUGUUGUUGCAUUUGUUUUCGUUCGGUUAGGUUUUCAAUAUAAGAGAGAAUCGCGCGGCGCCGGUUGUGCCCAACGAUAAUUCCCAAACAAAAUAACUCAAAUUGGUAAACAUGACCAGCGAAUCGGCGAAAUCUGUAAGUUCUUAGCAUUUAAUUACUUUUAUCUCUCUUCGACGACCGCACUCUGAGUCAUAUCCACUUUCGUCGGGGUUAACAGAACAGAAGAAACAGAAAGAGCGACAGAGACAAAAGAGGGUUACACUCUGUUGUAAACAAAAAAAUAAAAUAAAAGCGAAAUUUCUUGACCAGUCUGUUCACACAGAGCAGGCCGUACGUGUGUAUAAAGCAAAGACCAGACACUCGUGCACGUCUGUUUGUCUUCGUUAACUGUUCCUUCAACGAAUGGGGCCAAAAUCCAAAAGUUGAUGGAAAUUCAAUUUUGUAACAGUACAAUUUCCAUCGCCACUGCAUAUAAGCAAAACCGAAAUCAUAAGCGAACCGUAACAUAACUAUUUUCAGUACCAUUCAGUGUCAGUGCUAUAAUUGCAGUUGCAUCUGAAACGUGAGAUUGUUUAAAUAAGAUGAACAAGUUCUCUGGCCUUGAGACGCCUGGAUAUGUGGGUUUCGCGAACCUGCCGAAUCAGGUGCACAGGAAGUCGGUGAAGAAGGGAUUCGAGUUCACGCUGAUGGUCGUCGGAGAAAGUGGUCUUGGCAAGUCGACACUCGUGAACGCUCUCUUUCUCACCGACCUCUACCCAGAAAGAGUCAUCCCGGAUGCCGUCGAGAAGAGCAACCAGACGGUUAAGUUGGAACCAUCGACAGUUGAGAUCGAGGAGCGCGGCGUUAAACUGCGAUUGACUGUCGUCGAUACGCCGGGUUACGGGGAUGCUAUUAAUAACACCGAUAGUUUCACCGAGAUCAUCAGCUAUAUUGAUGAUCAGUUUGAGAGGUUCCUGCGGGACGAGUCGGGCUUGAACCGUAAGAACAUCAUGGACAAUCGGAUCCACUGCUGCUUCUACUUCAUCUCCCCGUUCGGACACGGUCUGAAGCCGUUGGACAUCGAGUUCAUGAAACAACUGCACAAUAAAGUCAAUAUAGUUCCUGUCAUUGCCAAAGCCGAUGUACUGACCAAGAAGGAGAUGCUUAAGCUGAAGACGACGGUGCUGGACGAGAUCGCGAAGAACGGUAUCAGAAUUUAUUCGCUACCGGAAUGCGACUCGGAUGAGGACGAGGAGUACAAGGAGCAGGUGAGACAACUGAAGCAGGCCGUACCCUUCGCCGUCUGCGGGGCGAACACACUGAUGGAGGUGCGCGGCAGGAAGGUUAGAGGAAGGUUGUACCCAUGGGGUGUGGUGGAAGUCGAGAAUCCCGACCAUUGCGAUUUCAUCAAAUUACGCACGAUGCUCAUAACACACAUGCAGGAUUUGCAAGAGAUCACGCAACAGGUACACUACGAGAACUAUAGAUCUGAGCGACUGGCUAAAGGCGCUCCGCCGCCGCCCAAGCGCAAUACCAUAAUCGACGACAAGAACGGUGCCUUAAAUGAUAAAGAUAGGAUCCUGCAGGAGAAGGAAGCUGAGCUUAAGCGAAUGACAGAAUUAUUAGCUCAAAUGAAGGUUCAAAUGCAACAGCAAUAAUCUCACAUCAUAUCAACUGAAACGUUAUUUUAUUUCUUCUAAUCCGCGACAGCAACAAAGACAAUGGA